GAGCAGAGGGAAGUUAGCUGUAUGUGGGCUCCAAAACUGCUCGCCUUUGCAAGCAGAUUUCUGCUCAGUGACUGAUAUGCGUACUAUCUGGAAAUUAAACUGACACGCUUUUUAAAAUUUUACUUUUACUUUUGAAAUCAAGUCUAAUGACCGCAGGGCAGUAAACAAGCAGGAAGUAAAACGAUGGAUCCCGACAGUCCCAUUUCCAGGGUGGAGAGGACCCUGUGGACGGUCUGGUGUUACAUAACAGACACCGUAAACAGAUUCCUCAGGCCACAGCCAGCAGACACAGUCAGCAAUGACCCAAACACCUUCGAGGAGACUAGCGUGGACAGUGAACCUCCUGAAAGUAGCAGCACACAGGCCGACUCUAGUGGAGGGGGGUUCAAUGAAGAACGACCUCUUGCAACAGUGUCUCUGCUUAGCUCAUCUUCACCAAGUGUUGCCUGGGAAGUUUGCGCCACAGAAAUUGACUUAAGGAGUGAUGAAGAAAGCACACAGCUGAGAGGACACAGAAACAGCGAAGGGUCUGAGAGUGGAGAGAGCACACGAGAGGAGCAGCUGGGGCAAACGGCAAGAGAUGAUGCAGGACUGCCCGUGGCUGAAGAAAAUGAAGAUGAACACAAGAUAACACACUUUGAACAAGGUGAGAGGCCUGUGAAUGCUGAAGAACAUGCAGCUGCUGCGUCAUUAUGUCGUACACAUGAUGUAAUGAGUGAAGAGAUGGAGAAAUAUAAUGAGAAAGCUGGUGCUGAAGAGAAGUCUAUGAGUGUAGGCACUUUCAAUGGCCGUCAAAAAUUGGGUGAAACAACCACAGGGAUCCAAGUAACCGAAAAUUAUGGAAACAAAGACAAAGAAGAGCUACAGGUGGGGCACCAUGAGGUAAAACCGUGUAAAGUCAAGGAUGUAAGUUCAGAAGCGGAGGAACGCAUUCUCCAAGAAAAGGCAAUUGAUCCAAUAGAUGCCCAUCAAAUAAUGGCAGAGGUCCAAAUAACCAACGAUGAUGGAAACAAAGGUGACAAAGAGUUGGGAGAGGACUGUACAGUAAAACUGUGCACAGUCACAGAUUUAGGUCCAGAACCAGAGGAAAGCACGUUCAAAGAAAAGGCAGGUGGCCAUCUGGAUGAUCAUCAAAGAAUGGAUGAAACAACAACUCAGGUACAAGUGACCAAUGAUGGAAGCAAAGAUGAAGGUGAGUUGGAGGACCAUGAGGUACGAGAAGAGGAGGACGGUAUGUUCAACGAAAAAACAGUUGAUUAUCUGGAUGAUCAUCUAAAAAUAGAUGAAUCGGUAAGAGAGGUCCAAGCUACCAAGGACAAUGUAACUGAAGUUGAAGAGGAGUUGAAACAGCAUCCUGAAAUAAAACUGUGCACAAUCCUAGAUUCAAUUCCAGAAGAGGACUGCAAGUUUAAAGGAAAUGCAGCGGAUCAUCUGGGUGAUCAACAAGAAAUAGAUGAAACCAUAACACCGGUCCAAGCAACCAAAGACAAUGGAACUGAAGAUGAAAAGGAGUUGGAUGAAUUGGAGGACCAUGAAGUAAAACUGUGCACCGUCACUUAUUCAUUUCCAGAAGAUGAGGCUAGCAUGCUCAAAGAAAAAGCAGCUGAUCUACUGGAUGAUCAUCAAAAAAUGGAUGAAAUAACAACAGAGGUUCAAGUAGCCAAAGAUGAGAGAACCAGAGAUAAAGAAGAGUUAGAUGAGAAGGUGGAUGCAACGACAGGGGUCCAAGUAGUGAAAGAUGCUGAAGAGUUGGAGAAGGACCCUGAAAUAAAACUGUGCAUCACAGAUUUAAGCCCAGAAGAGGAAUGCAUUCUCAAAGAAAAGGCAAUUGAUCACAUGGAUGAUUUUCAAAGAAUAAAUGAAACAGUGACAGAGGGUCAAAUGACAAAAGAUGAUGGAAAUAAAGAUGGCAAAGAGUUGGAGGAGGGCUGUAAAGUGAAACUGUGCACCGUCACAGAGUUUGGCCUAGAAGAAGGGGACAUUAUGUUCAAAGAACAGGCAGUUCAUCAUCUGGAUGAUCGUCAAAGAAUGGAUGAAACAACAACUCGGAUACAAGUAACAAAAGAUGAUGGAAGCAAAGACGAAGAAGAGUUGGAGGUGGAGGACCAUGAGAUACGAGAGGAUGAGGACGGUAUGUUCGAAGGAAAGACGGUUGAUCAUCUGGACGAUCAUCAAAUAAUGGAUGAAACCACAACAGAGGUCCAAGCAACCAAAGAUGAGAGAACCAGAGAUAAAGAAGAGGUAGAUGAGAAGGUGGAUGCAAUGACAGGGGUCCAAGUAGUGAAAGAUGAUGGAAACAAAGAUGCUGAAGAGUUGGAGAAGGACCCUGAAAUAAAACUGUGCAUCACAGAUUUAAGCCCAGAAGAGGAAUGCAUUCUCAAAGAAAAGGCAAUUGAUCACAUGGAUGAUCUUCAAAGAAUAAAUGAAACAGUGACAGAGGUACAAAUGACAAAAGAUGAUGGAAAUAAAGAUGGCAAAGAGUUGGAGGAGGGCUGUAAAGUGAAACUGUGCACCGUCACAGAGUUUGGCCUAGAAGAAGGGGACAUUAUGUUCAAAGAACAGGCAGUUCAUCAUCUGGAUGAUCAUCAAAGAAUGGAUGAAACAACAACUCGGGUACAAGUAACAAAAGAUGAUGGAAGCAAAGACGAAGAAGAGUUGGAGGUGGAGGACCACGAGGUACGAGAGGAUGAGGACGGUAUGUUCAAAGGAAAGACGGUUGAUCAUCUGGACGAUCAUCAAAUAAUGGAUGAAACCAAAACAGAGGUUCAAGUAGCCAAAGAUGAGAAAACCACAGAUAAAGAAGAGUUAGAUGAGAAGGUGGAUGCAAUGACAGAGGUCCAAGUAGUGAAAGAUGAUGGAAACAAAGAUGUUGAAGUGUUGGAGAAGGACCCUGAAAUAAAACUGUGCAUCACAGAUUUAAGCUCAGAAGAGGAAUGCAUUCUCAAAGAAAAGGCAAUUGAUCAUAUGGAUGAUCUUCAAAGAAUAAAUGAAACAGUGACAGAGGGUCAAAUGACAAAAGAUGAUGGAAAUAAAGAUGGCAAAGAGUUGGAGGAGGGCUGUAAAGUGAAACUGUGCACCGUCACAGAGUUUGGCCUAGAAGAAGGGGACAUUAUGUUCAAAGAACAGGCAGUUCUUCACCUGGAUGAUCAUCAAAGAAUGGAUGAAACAACAACUCGGGUACAAGUAACAAAAGAUGAUGGAAGCAAAGACGAAGAAGAGUUGGAGGUGGAGGACCAUGAGGUACGAGAGGAUGAGGACGGUAUGUUCAAAGGAAAGACGGUUGAUCAUCUGGACGAUCAUCAAAUAAUGGAUGAAACCACAACAGAGGUCCAAGUAGCCAAAGAUGAUAGAAACAACGAUGGCAACGAUUUGGAUGUGGACCCUGAAAUAGAGCCGUCCACAAUCCUAGAUUUAAGUCCAAGAGAGGAGAAUAAGUUAAAAGGAAAUGCAGUUGAUGAUGUAGAAGAUGAUCAAAAAAUUGAUUUAACAAUGACAGAGAUCCCAGUAACAAAAGACAACGAAACCGCAGAUGAAGAGGAGUUGAAUAAGGAAGAGGACUGUGAAUUAAAACUGUCCACCAUCAUUAAUUCAUGUCUAGGAGAGGAGGAAAUUAUUCUAAAAGAAAAAGCAGCUGAUCUACUGGAUGACCAUCCAGAAGUUGAUGAAAUAAUAAUAACAGAAGUCCAAGUUGCCAAACAAGAAAACAAAGACGAAGAAGAGUUAGAGCUGGAGGACCAUGAGCUAAAACAGUGCACAACCACAGACUUGAGUUCAGACGAGGGCAGCAUGUUCACACGGAAGCCAGGAGUGCAGAGUGAUGAUGCUGUUACCAUGGUGACAUGGGAAGAACCUCAAAACAGUGAAGGUGCGUUAAAGCUGGCGUCUGAAGACCAAAACAAGUCAGACGAAGAAACAGAGCAAGUUGAAAUUCCCUCAUUCUGCAAAGAAGUGUCAGAUGUGUUGGAGGAUGCUGAACAAGAAAAUUAUCAAACUGAGAAUGUUUCAAUGCAGACUGUUAUCAAAGAGGAAGAAGAUGUCAUUGAGGCUACACACAAUCAGACAACAGAUGAAGAGCCAGAAAUGGAAAAUAGCAGUAGGUCCUUUAUAGAAAGGAGGCAAGAAGAAAACUAUUUAACUCAAUAUGUCACAUGCAGUCAAGAGGAUGUGGUGAACACAGAAGUGCAGACCACUAGAGAGACAGAAGUAACUGUGACAGAAGUUUCUCUAGGUGAGAAAUUUGUUGAUAAAUAUCCGGUGGAAGAGGACAGACCCUCCAGUGAAUUCCACAACAAAGACGACUGCUUGGAAAAAGUUUGCACAGCCCCUUCACUUACGGUAAAACCAGAAGGCGAGACUGAACAGGAAAUAAGCAGGGGGUUUAAAAAUAUUCCCCUGCGGCUAAUCGAAGGUCAGGUUGUUGUGUCGCAGGAGCGUGAUACUCAAGUGUGUGAGGAAAAGCAACAGGGAGUUCCUGAACACAACAAUGAGUUCGGAGCAGAUGAAAAUACAGCACAAAGGUUCCUGGAAGGAGGAAAACGUGAGGAAAAGCAGAUCACUCAAUUACCAGAAGAGGUGGAGGCCAAAGAGCAGGAGAGCCUUAAAAACAGUGGCACAGGAGCUGGCUAUUUAUUGGUGAAGGAGGGUUUGCAGGACAGACCAGAGAGCGAAGAAGAUCCUACAAACAUCUUUGAUUUUGUUGUGGAGCACCCGGGAAAACUACACCUUGCACAAGAACCAGAGGAACCCUGUGUUGAAGCUGUCCAUCCGCAAUCAGGAUAUUCAUUCGAGAAAGACAAGGAGGAAUCACUGGUAAGCCCAAUGAAGACGGAGAUCAAACACUUUGACAGGGAAUUGGAGACGUACAUCGGCUCAGCAGACGAGCUGCAAAAUGAGGCUGAAACAGUGGAAUUUGGAGCAACCGAAGCGUUACGGACGGAGGAAAACCUCAACAAGAGCCAUAUUUUUCCAGAGGAAAUUACUGAAUGUGGGCUCUUGAAGCAAUCCGUGGAAAUUGUACCUAAAUUAUCUCAUGAUACCUCUGUGGAAACUCAGAACAUAGAUACAGAUAAAAAUGAUUAUGCAGAUGAGGAAGAAGAGGACAAAACAUGUCUGCAGGUAGCAGACGAAGAAAAUGGACAAUCCGAAUUAUCUCUGCACUUUAAUACCCAAGAGACAAAAAACCAGACUCCCAACAGAGCUCUUAAGACAAAUGAGUUGGAGAUCAAAGUGGAAACUGAAGCAGUUGAUGAAUCAAAGCCAGCCAGACCAAACGAUCUCCUUGUAUUAUCAGAGGACAAAGCAGCAGAACAUGUGAUGCAAUCAGAGGAGGCCUUCACAGAAGAAGCAAUCAGCUCGGUCAGAGGACAUCAGGAAGUAAUUGAUGAAGAUAUCCUAGAUUUGUGGAUAGAGACAGCAAUGUCGGAGGACACUUGUGAAAUUGAACCAGAGGGGUCUGAUCCAGACCGACAGAGGGACACCACAACACAGCCUGGAAACGAGGAGACGGGGGAAAUAUCAUCACAGAUGGAGAAAGAUCAAUUAAGGAUGUCAAAUUCGGUGGAACUGGCGUUCUUAAGUGACACAGAAACAUGUUCGUCAGUUGUUGAGUCCGGCGUUUUGGACCAGCCGUUCUGCGAAAGCUCAUCUCAAGACGUCCAGGACUUGUCAGGUACUACGUCUGAAUCAGUUACUGCAUCUGAAUUUUCUGUACUUAACUCUGGUUCUCAGGAUAUAUUAUUGGAGGAAAGUGCAGGAACAAAGCAAUCCUAUCUGAGAGAUGAGCAGCCAGUCACUGAGACCGGACUUUACCUCCAUUCAGGGAUUUCGACCCCAGAGACAAAAUGUCUGUACCAGGAAUCUGAUGAAUCACAAGAAAAGCUAGGUGAAGAAUCAGCAGCGACUGGAGCUGGGAUGGUUGUGUUGGGGAGAGAAAAUGAAGAGGCAGAUGUUACACUACUGCUGCAAGAAGAGACCUUUGAAGUGAGCACGUCUGACUUCUCAGAUGAAUUCAAACGCACUGAAUCAGGACAAUGGGGAGUUGACUCAGAGGCUUCAUUAGAGGAGGCAGUCAUGUUUACAGAACCUGAUCCUGAAGGCCAACUUGAGGCUGAAUCUAAGAAGAUUCCCUCGCCGGAUGAAGAUAUCCCUGAUUCAAAACUGGGGCUAAACAGAGCUGAGGUGGAACAAGGGCACACAAGCAAAUCUGAAGAUCAGAGUGAGGUGAAUGCUCCCGUGUUGGACUUUACUGUGCAAAGGUCACGGAUUGCUGUUAAAAACCCUCAUGUAAGACCACCCACAAAUCCCCGCUCCCUGCUCAAUAUGCCCUCAGUGGAUCCCUCUCCCACAUCUCAUGUUCCAGUCAAAGUGCCUGCAGGCAUGCCUUUAGGAGGCUUGGGUAUUGGAAUCAAAUUGCCUGGACUUGGUGCAGGUUUACCAGUGUUAAAGAAGACACGCCGGGUGGCAAGAGACGAAGACAUUCAGGAAGCUCAUCCACAGGAGCCUGAGAAAAAGGCAGAGGACAAGAGCGAAGCUACUAUGCAGAAUGAGGCACAACGGAGACCUAAAUGGAUGCCGCCGGGACGUCCAGGAUUCGGAAAUCCACUUAUGUCUGAACUGAAGAGCAAACUGAAGAAAACCACUGAAGAAUGAAAAUAUUAUUUUAUUGUGAUAUGAAAAUGCCAUUAUUAUUGUUUAUCAAACUGAAAACAGUGAUUGUCUAUUACAUUGCCUUCUUGCACAUUGUUUUACUCAUUAAGACCUGAUGCCAGAUUUGCAAGCAUGACUCAGGUCUUAAUGAGCUAUCUUUUUUAAU